ACCGGCAGCCCGUACCGGAGCACCGGGCUUCGCCCUGCUGGCCGCCACCGGCCUGGCACGGCUGCGGCACCGACGGGCCGGGACAUUCCCGCUGCCCGCUGGCGGUGCGCGGGGCCGGUGGGGUGAGGCUGCGCUCUCACGGUGCCGCGGCCGGCGGGUUGGUGCCGGUGCCGGUGCCGGUCGCGGUGCCGGUGCCGGUGCGGCGGCUCCGUCCCCGUCCCCUUUGUGCGGGAUGCGGGAGGCGCCGUGGCUCCAUCACUGCCAAUCAAACUUGUUUUUCUCUCUCCGCCUGCACUGCCCGCGCCGCCCGCCGGGGGCGCUGCCGCCGCCGCCGCCCGCACAAUGGGCCGCGGGUACCGGCCCCGGGCACCGCCGGGGGAGCCCCUGCCGCGGGCACUUCGCCCGUCCCCUCGAAACCCGGGCCGGAGGGGCUGGGCGAGAGGUGUCGCCGCGGCAGCAUCGCCAGAGAAUGCCACCAGCGGGGCCACCGGUACCGGCGGAGCCACGGUCUCUCCUGGCGGAGGGAUGGAGCCCCGGCGGGGAUGCCCCUCUCUGCGCAUCCCGGUGCUGCCCGGGCUCACUCCCGGCCGGCCGGGCUCCUCCAGACUCCUGCCGCCUUUUUGUGCUCACGGCUGCCGAGCGGGAGCACCGGGGCACCGCUCCCCCGGCAGCACCGCCGGGUGGGGAGGGGGCGAGGUAGUGAAGAUGUCCGGCAGCGACCCUGAGUGCCCCCAGUUCCUCUUCGUGAAGGUGCUGGCAAGCCGGGGGCGGCUGGAGGCAGUGACCCAGCAGAUGGGCUACCACCCACAGUACCUGGACAGCUUCCUCAAGAUGCAGCACUACCUGAUGCACAUGGAUGGCCCCCUGCCCUUUGACUGCCGGCACUACAUCGCCAUCAUGGCGGCUGCCCGGCACCAGUGCCGGUACCUGGUGAACCUGCAUGUGCUGCAGUUCCUGCGGGCAGGGGGUGACCCCCAGUGGCUGCGCGGCCUCGAAUUCAUCCCCCCCAAACUCCGCAACCUCAACGAGAUCAACAAGAUCCUGGCACACCGGCCCUGGCUCAUCACCAAGGAGCACAUUGAGAAGCUGCUGAAGAUCAGCGAGUGGAGCUGGUCGCUGGCGGAGCUGGUGCACGCCGUCGUCCUCCUGGCACACUGCCACGCGCUCGCCAGCUUUGUCUUCGGCUGUGGCUGUGAGCAGGACGAGGGGCUGGGGGGCCGAGCCUCCCUGAAGCCCCUGUCACUCGGGAACCAGUGCUUCUGCGAAGCCACCGCCGGCAACAGCUGCAGCCAGGAGCUGCUGCGCAUCAACCGCAAGCGGUCCCUGGACUCCUGCAUGGAGCUGGAUUCCCUCCGGGAGCGCAUGCAGCGGAUCCAUGUGGAGACCGAGAGCAGGGAGGAGAUGAGGCUGCUGCAGCUGGAGCGAGAGGAAGGGCUCUCCCUUCUUGCAGAUCCUGAUGGAGAAGUCACUGGUGCCACCAACCUCGCAUGCUACAUGCAGGACCCUGACUUUGGAUACCAGGAUUUUGCCCGGCGCGAUGAGGAUCAGACGCAGGUAUUCAGAGUCCAGGAUUAUUCCUGGGAAGACCAUGGCUUCUCACUGGUCAACCGGCUCUACUCUGACAUUGGGCAUCUCCUGGAUGAGAAGUUCAGGAUGGUGGAUGGUCUGCAAAGCAGUGCCAUGGCCAAGCGGCAGGGCUGUGAGCCCUCUGUUUUCAAGCGGGGCAUCUGGAACUACAUCCACUGCAUGUUUGGCAUUAGGUACGAUGAUUAUGACUAUGCAGAAGUGAAUCAGCUCCUGGAGCGAAUGCUCAAAGUUUACAUUAAAACUGUAACCUGCUACCCAGAGAAGACAAACUCAGAAAUGUUUGACAGGUUCUGGAAGCAGUUCAAGCACAGUGAAAAGGUCCACGUGAACCUGCUCAUCCUGGAGGCCCGGAUGCAGGCAGAGCUGCUGUAUGCAUUGCAGGCCAUCACCCAGUACAUGAUCUCCUAGACAGCGGGGGCUGCGCUGCGGCAGGGCCAGGCAGCGUCCUCGCUCCCUGAACUCCUGCGGGACCCGUCACGCUGGGACCGACGGCGAGGGAUUUCUCAAUUUAGUUUACUUGACUGUCUUGUUCCUUUUUGUUGGUUUUCCCCCCCUGCCUUGUGGGGCUCACUGAGUGGCCCCGUUACGUGCAAUUACCAAACUGUGAGGCAAGUCCGUGCUGCUGAGAUGCUGGAGACUUGAACGUGUCCAAGGAGGACUGCCAAAAACAUGUGGGGAGAGGGAAGCAAUAGGGGACUGGGGCCAAAUUAGAGGGAUACUCUCCCACGAGCAGAAGCUCCUUGCCUGGGUGCUGUGGGAGCCUGGGUGCCACAGGGAGGGCAGAGAGGAAAGCUGGCUUCCUUCCCUGUGCUGCAGUGGCUGCCCUGCUUGCAAAGCCACCCUUGGGCACUUGUCCUCACUGGGGUGAUGUCUCUCACUUGGGAACAGCAUGGGCAGCGUGCGGGUGUGUUGCAAUGUCCUGAGUUGCGUGGUUAGGCAGCAAGAAAUGCUGGCUCCCAGCAAGGGCCCCUCUCCAGCCCAGGACAGCAAUGGGAUGCACUUGCUGCCUGCACGUAAUAUCCUUUAGGUCCAUGUGCCAAACCCCUCUGGGAUGAACAAGAGAUGACCCAAGGCAAACUCCAAACUGUGAAGCUCUUGCUGGCAGAAUGUCCUAAUGCUUUGCCUUCUCCAACAGCAGGGUGGGAAGGUCUCUGACAGUGUUCAGGCACUGGGGGUUUCUGCAGGGGACUUUGGGCAGUCCUAAGCCUCCCAUCAGCACAGAGGCAGGAACAAGGAAGGCUUCCUGAGUUAAUGAGGUUUGUAUCUUCUUAACACCAUGAAAGGGCUGAGGUCCUGUGCCCAGUCACUUGCUGCUUAAGAGCAUGGUGGAGGAGCCUGUGGUCACAACACAGGUAAGCUACAGGAAGCUUCUCCUUGAUCCUGGGCUGGGAGGGACUCCCUGGGCUGCUCCCAUUUGAACAGAGGCAGCCUGUCCACCAGCCCUGCCUUCUGCCUGGGGGGCAGAAGCUGCACCAUCGCUCCCCUUAUGUCCCUGGGCUGCUCCCUGGCCAUGCCACAGCCCCUGGCUGAGGAAGUAUGAGGGAUCCAGUGCAGGCUCUGGAGAGCAGCCACAAAAGGGGGAUGAAGCCACCCGUUGUAAGUGGGAGCCUGAAGCAAGGGCAGCUGUCGAGUCAGCCAGCGCACGCUGCUUCAGUCGGCCUGUUUACUGCGUAAAUGUACGGGGAGAAAACCUUGUGUAUGGAAGCUACAGAAAAAGCCUAUUUUUGCUAUAAAUAUAUUAUGUUUGACAUGGA